GGUUCCCCGCAACCACCGAAGCCUGCUGCACGCUGCCAAGCAUUUCACCAUUGCCACUUCGAAAGAAGUCGCCACAAAUCAAAUCGAGCUGGUGAACCAGCUGUCCUUCGAUAUUAUUAGCAGCAGCAUGAUUAUUCCCAAGAAACACCCAUCCCCUUCAUCAUCGAAUCAUUAUUCCAAAGACAACCAACAGAACAAGAGACUCAAGAUCAUGAAUAGCCAAUGUCCGUACGCCGUGGCGCUGUCAGAAGACGAACGAUCUCUGCAGUCGCAGCAGCAACAACAACAACAAUCAUCCCCCAACAGCACCCGCGCCUUGUUGGAACUACGACAAUGUCCUGCCUUUGCCACGGCGAGCAAGUGUCCCUUUAAGGAAGCCAAAUCGGCGGAAGCGAUCCAAGAGACACUGGCGCAAAUCCCCAAAUCGCAUUACACAGAGCACCAGAGUGGCUUUUAUCAGGUAAUGGAGCAUUUUCACCAAGUUCAGCAGACGGGAAAGGGUGUCCAGUUGCCAUCGGGUGGUCAGUGUCCCAUGCAGCCGUAUAUGAGUGAAGGUGGCGCCUCCAAGAAGAAGUCCUUUGCGAGGACCAUGGAGGAAUGUUCCAUGGCCGCCAUCAUGGCCCGACUUGCGUCGGACAUGGAAGGAGAGGAAAGUAAUAGUGAUGGCAAAAUGUCACCGCGUCAUUCGGAAACCUCGUUGUUAGUGCCCCCCGUGGAGCAGCUCGAGCAACAGCCGGACGACACUCAAGAAGAAGAAGAACCCCGUCGCAACUCUUUGGCGGAAGCGCUCAAGACGGGAACGGCCGUGUCGCAUCAAGCCGCCGAAGACGUCCACUUUGUCCGCAACUUUAUUCGUGGCCAAAUCGAUCGUCAUCUCUAUCAGGAAAUGAUUCUAGGUCUGUACCAUGUCUACGUGGCACUCGAAGAGACGUUGGAUCGACAUGCUCCCGCUAUGUUUCCUUCGUGCCAUUUCCCGCAAGAGUUGUCGCGCAAGGAAUCCUUGCAAGAGGAUUGCGAGUUUUGGCACAAUACCCGCACUCCGUCUCCACGGACCAUUAGUGCGGCCACACAAGACUAUAUCGAUCGCAUCCAGUACUUGGCGCAUCACGACCCAUUGCUGCUCCUGGCGCAUUCGUAUACCCGCUAUUUGGGGGACUUGAGUGGCGGUCGCAUUCUGGCGCGGGUGGCACGACGGGCAUUGGAUCUGGACAAACAAUCGGGUGACGGAUUGGCCUUUUAUAGAUUCGAAAAAGUCGAAUCCUACAAGGCAUUCAAAGACAAUUAUCGACAAUCCUUGGAUGCUCUGCCCUUGACCAGCGAACAGAUUCAAUCGCUCGUGGCCGAAGCCAAUGUUGCGUUUUGCUUGAAUAUGCGGCUCUUUCAGGAGCUCGAUGUCAUGGCGACCAUACCGGGUGCCGAGGUCAUGUCCAUGGAGCAAGUCAUGGAAUAUGCGCACAAGAAGGGGACUUUGUCCGACUCUGAUAAUAAAGCGCAAGAGCAGUGUCCUUUUCUGGUAAACAAAAAGAAGGAACAACAACAACAAUCUGCUGGCGCUGUAAUGAAGAAGGGAGCAAGAUGCCCCUGGCCCUUUGUUGUGGCGCAUGAUCCCUGGCAGUUUGCCAAGGAUUGGCAGACAUGGCUGUUGGUGGCGUUGAUGGUUACGUGGUGGUACAGGUGGUAGUCAACUCGAGAUGCCGCCGCCUACUGGUACAUCCAAGGUGUACAGCAACCCCACACUUCAGCCCACAUUUCCAGUCGCCCAUCUGGCGCGCUGUGCUUGGCGCACGAAACAUGGCCCCCUCUCUUGGUUACAGCAGCGGAAAAGGAAUGAUCCUCACCCUCAUUGGAAUCGAAUCCAUUCUCAUCACUUAUCCACGACCUGCACUUAUAUCAGCUCGCUCUCAACAACACGGACGGCAAAAUUUAAAUGUCCAAAAAGAAAUUCACAUCAUGAAAAUCAGAAAAUAACUCUUAUCUAAUAUUCCUUGCUUGCUAUGCAUCUCUCAUCAAAAGCAAUAGCCUUCACAACGACUAGCCUAGCUAGGAAAGCCA